AAGAAAAAAGCGCGGGAAACAAAAAAAAAAAAAAUAUCAAGGAGACGAAGACCAAAGUUUUUGGUAUCAGGUGUAUAUGACUGAGUAUUGAGUCAUUAUAAUGUCGUAGUUAUGUCAGCUCAAAGUGGAAUUCCCGUGAAAACUGCCGACAAAUUGAACUCCGCUCUCCCCAUUGACAUUACAGCGGCACAAGUUCAACAGUACCCUGAAUUGGUCAAAUUACUGACAGAACUUUCCCAGAGGAUUACCCCAGAAGGAAUAAGUGUUCAAGUCAAGCAGGAGCUGGAGCAAGCAGAGGAGGAAUUGAGACAUGAAAAACACAGCUGGCUACUACAGCAUACUCUGUACAAAGAAAUAGAGGAGUUCCUGAUCGACUCGGAACUGAGGAGUCAGGAUGUGGCCCUCUCUCCUGAUGACAAACAGUUUCACACAAUGCUACAGGAGUGUCUGACUUUCUCAGAAAUAGGAGACUACUUAAGAUGUAGCCCUGACCCCAGCUGUAAAGUCAACCUUCUGGGAUUGACCGAGGAGAGCAUUCACAACCAGAACCCACACAGAAAGAACCUAGCCUACCUCCAGCAGAAACUGAUUCCACAGAUAGAGGAACGCCUGGCAGAUAAGUGUGAGAAUCUACAGAACUUUCAAGAUGUGGACAAUGCUCUAGAUAGUAGUCCCACAUUAGCGAAGUCGUCCCAGUUACCUGCCUUGAUGGAAGCACAGAAGAGGAAGCUGGAAGAAGACACACAGCAGCUGGAGAGGCUAUGCAUGGCUAAAGAGAAACAGUUCCAGACCUAUUACCAAACUCUGCUGGACUCCCUUCAUCUCCUGGAGGAGUUGAUCACUAAGUACCGACUCCAGAACCAGAUGGAGCAUGACACAGUGUCCGCCGAGUGGCUGGUCGGAAAGUGUGACGGAUUAUGUCUCAAAAUCAAGUUGAUUGAGCUACAGAUUCUGUCUGAUACCUACACUCAUGAAACAACAAAGGCGCUACAACAAAUCAAGGAUACAUUACACGGUGCUAAAGUGGAAGCGGAGAAAAGCAAGACGUAUGUAACAAAAACACUCCAGACGUACGAGUCCUUGGGAAGUGAGUUUGAUGAUCUCGUGAUGGAGUACCAAACCCUGAAGGAGGAAAUGGACAAUAAAGAGUGGGCGUUGUCCGAGCUGCAGAAAAGUGCCAGCUAGUGGGUCAGCUGUUAUUGUGUGUCAACUAGUGGUCUGCAUGUCACUCUGUUAGCAGCUAUUGGUUUAGCUGUUACUAUGUGGUGGCCGUGACUCCCAGUGAUCCAAUUCAUCCAAACAUUUAAUGCAAGUGUAGCAUGCAGAUUCUACAUAAAUAUUUAUUCAUUGUAGUCAUACAGAUUUAAUAAUGAUGUUUUUAUUUUUCAAUUUUAAGAAAUUGUUACUGAACUUACGACAGCAAUAAUUUGUUAGAACUGAAAAUACAUGUCUUCAUGGAUAUAAUAAAAUUAUGAAGAAAUGAA